AUGAUGGUGACUAACGUCUAUGGAAGUUGUUUACAGCUUAAAAUACUUUCAGCUCACUCUGUGUUUUAUAAAAUACAAGAUGUAAUAGUGGAAGUUCAAUACAAUAAUACUAGUAAUGACACAAUAUCAAUUUAUAAAUGGUGUUUACCAAACAAUGAAUUAAAUGAUCCAUUAUUCAAAGUAACUUGUAAUAAUGUUCCAGUUAAUUAUGUUGGUCCAUUAAUAAAACGACGUGAACCAACCAUUGAAGAUAUGAUUUCUCUAGAACCUGGUAAAACAAAAAUCAUUCAAGCUCGAUUAUCAUCAGCAUAUGAUAUGACUAAGACUGGUAUUUAUUCAAUUCAAUAUGAUAUGCCAGCUGAACGUGUUGUCUUCAAACAUGCUCGAACAUUUGAGAAUAUCAUUUUUAGGUCUAUUAGUAAACGUCAUUCUGGUCUCGAGUCAAAUAAUAUUCAGUUGAUCAUCGAAGGUCGUCCAAAUAUUCAACGUGAACAAAAUAAAACUAUGAAUGUAAUUAGAAGAGCAGCUACUCUUUCAUAUGUUUCUUGUUCGAUAACCCAGAAAUCUCAAAUAAUGAAUGCAAUCUCUUGGGCUCUUAAGUAUACCGAUAAUUCUUUCAAUUAUUUGAAUAAGACGAAACCCUCUGGAACAAAUCGCUAUAAGACUUGGUUUGGUCGAUUUACUUUGUCUAAUUGGAAUACACAAAAGGUACACUUUCGAAAUCUCAAAAAUGUAUUCAAUUCAAAGACGUUGACUUUUGAUUGUGGAUGCACCAUUCCGAAUACUUAUGCUUAUGUUUACAGAAAUCAGCCAUACAUCAUUCAUUUAUGUCCUGCAUUUUGGUCCGCUCCAAUGACAGGCACAGACUCGAAAGCUGGCACAUUUAUUCACGAGACCUCACACUUCCCAGUAGUUGUUGGUACCUAUGAUUAUGCAUAUGGUAAGAUGGCAUGCACAAGUCUAGGAUUGAGUGGUCCAUCACAAGCAAUCAUGAAUGCUGAUAGUCAUGAAUAUUUUGCUGAGAAUUUUCCUGUGCUCUUGUGA